AAGCCUCGAGGGCAAAUAGUUGCGGUUACCAACAACACGAAUAGCCGACAAAUGAAUAGCGAAGCCUCAUUACUGCCGCCGGCCCAAGCUGUGUCCGUCGCAUCUGUAGUCUCGGACACGCCCCCCUUGACUGAGCCCUAUUCGGAUACGGAUUUUUACAUUGGCGUCGGUUUGGCCAUUUCAUCAUGUUUCUUCAUCGGCUCCAGCUUCAUCAUAAAGAAGAAGGCCCUGCUGCGCCUGAGCCGUUAUGGCGAGGUGCGCGCCGCGGCUGGCGGAUUUGGCUAUUUGCGUGAAUGGAUCUGGUGGGCGGGGCUGCUGACAAUGGGUCUGGGCGAAGCGGCCAAUUUUGCCGCGUAUGCGUUUGCGCCCGCCUCCCUGGUCACGCCCCUGGGCGCGCUGAGUGUUAUCAUCUCGGCGGUGAUGGCUUCCCGUUUCCUCAACGAGAAGCUCAAUUUGUUGGGCAAAAUUGGCUGCUUUCUGUGCAUCUUGGGCUCGACAAUUGUGGUCAUACACUCGCCCAAGGAGAAGGAAAUUGAGGAUUUGCAAGUGCUCUUCGAAAUGCUGCAGGAUCCCGUCUUUAUACUCUAUGUCAUCUGCAUCUUUGGCUCGAGCGCAUUUGUCGCCUGCUUUGUGGCGCCGCAACAUGGACACACCAAUGUCUGCGUGUACCUGUUCCUGUGCUCCGGCAUUGGCUCCCUGACGGUGAUGUCCUGCAAGGCCCUGGGCCUGGCCAUACGCAGCACAAUUGCCAAUGGCUCGAAUGUGUUCAGCACGUGGAUGCCGUGGUUCCUGAUCGUGGUGACGGUCACCUUUAUUGCCAUACAAAUGAACUAUUUGAACAAGGCGCUGGACAUAUUCAAUACGAGCAUUGUGACGCCCGUUUACUAUGUGAUGUUCACCACGUUGGUGAUCACCGCAUCCGCCAUACUCCUCAAGGAGUUCCAGCACAUGCGCUUCGAGAAUAUACUUGGCGAUGUGUGCGGCUUUCUAAUUGUCAUCAUUGCCGUCUUUCUGCUCAAUGCCUUCAAGGAUAUCGACAUCACGCUGAUGGAUGUGCGCGGCCUGAUGCGGCCCAAGAUGCAGCGCGUCUCCCAGUACGACGAGGAGGUGCUGGUCAGCACCAACCUGAAGGAGCGUCGCUACUCGUACGGCUCCAGCGACGUCUUCCGCAAGGCAUGACACAAGCAGCGCUAUCAAGUUUAGUUAUUCCCCAUGGCCCAAACUUGACUCCAACGAACAACAUUCAAACUGCAAUCCAAAAAAAACCAUAUCAUACGCAUCAUACCAUUGAUUGUUCCUUCAUUUUGUUUUUUGUUAAUCACCUUCUUUAAGUCCUAGCAAUUUAAGUGUAUUGUAAAGCUAAAAGAUCGACCAGUUAUUAUUUGCCUUAAGGAUUACGUGAAAAUUUGUAUAUAAUAUAAGCAUAGCCCUUGCCAAUUUA